AUGGGGUCAAUGGUUGGUAAUUUUCGAACUGGCAUAGGACGCACAAAUGCGAUGCAAGUAAACCCCUUCAAUGGAGUUGUUUCUUUAGGUCACUCAGGUGGUACUGUUACCAUGUGGAAGCCAACCAGUUCUGCUCCUCUUGUCAAGAUGCUAUGUCAUCAUGGGCCUGUCUCAGCGCUGGCAUUUCACCCAAAUGGCCAUUUGAUGGCCACUGCGGGAAAAGAUAAAAAAGUUAAGCUUUGGGACUUGAGGAAAUUUGAGGUUCUUCAAACCUUACCAGGUCAUGCAAAUACUCUAGAUUUUAGUCAAAAGGGUUUACUUGCUUGUGGUAAUGGUUCAUUGAUCCAGGUUCUGCGUGAUGUUUCUGGUACACAGAAUUAUUCCAAGUACAUGACUCAUUCCAUGGUAAAAGGUUACCAGAUAGGAGAAUUAGUAUUUCGACCAUAUGAAGAUGUUCUAGGUAUAGGGCAUUCCAUGGGCUGGUCUAGUAUUCUUAUUCCAGGAGCUGGAGAACCCAACUUUGACUCAUGGGUUGCGAACCCGUUUGAAACUUCCAAACAGAGGAGAGAAAAGGAAAUACGAUCACUUCUUGAUAAACUCCCACCUGAGACUAUUAUGCUGGAUCCCAGCAAGAUUGGUACAGUAAAACCAAAAAAAGAGAGGCCAACAAAGCAAGAGAGGGAGGCUGAGAUAGAAGCUGCCCUUGAAGCUGCUAAGGGCAUGAAACUGAAGAAAAAGACAAAAGGAAGAAACAAGUCUGGUAAAAGGGUACAGAAAAAGCAAGAAGCAGUUGCUAGAGUGAAGAGGCCUUACUUGGAGCAGAAAAUUCAAGAGGAAAACAUAUCAAGAAAGAAACAGAAAACUAAUGAGGGUGAGGAACUACCAAAAUCGUUACAGCGGUUUGCUCGUAAAAAAGCAUCGUCGUGA